AUGCCUCACACCCGGCACAUUAGCUCUGUACUGGCCCGUAACUUCAAGGAAGGUCCAGUCGUCCAAGACAUUCGAAGAAUCGUCAACAUGUGUCAUCGUCGUUGCGAUGGAGGCGUCACUGGACAUGUACGCGAGAACACCGUACUCACUGGUCACGACAACCGGCCGAGGCAGAGCAGCGACGGGGCUCGACCUUCUCCCCAGCUGCAAGUCAUUGCCUUCACAAGUCGGAAACCUAUAUGGACUGUACAUACUAUCGUAAGUAGGUUCGACACGAUUAGCACGAUGAAACUGCGAGGCUGCUCAGUGGAGCUCCAUAGGAGGAGUGGAGCCAAUGGUCGUCAUUCGAGUGGGCUCCCGAAGGAACUGAUAUGCCCCGCACUCCGCCUCUCAGAGGCGGCCUCUGGCCGAUCUAACGCAGCUCUCAAAAAUUGUCAGACGAAAUUAUCGAGAAUUACCACGAGUAGCAAUGCUGAACAGUUGAGGGAGAAAUAA